AUGCCAUCUCUUUCUUUCUGCCUUCCUGUAAGUGCACCCUCGUCCGUGGUUCCAAACCGCUCACAUCUCGCGUCGCAGAUUCAUCCGACGGAGGUGCUUAGUUUGGAUGAGGACACUUGCUCUGAUUUGGUCAACCGGUUUGGUAGGAAUUUGAGAAAGUUACUAUCGCUUUACGUGGUACAGAGUUCGAGCGUGUUAGAAGGAGCGAGAAAAGGGGGCCAUAUUCGAUGGCACAUCUUAACAACACAGGCUGGGCAAUCAUCGAAUGCUCGGGAUGGAUGUCUGAAGACAUAUGAUGUGUCGGUUACAAUAGACCAAUCAGUGCUAGGGGUAGUUCCCCAUGUUCUAGACGACUCGGAGCUUAGCAAGCUUGGCCGGGCCCUCGGGGAUGAUUUUGACGAUAUCCGGAAACUGGGCUGGGUCCAGUUAGUCGGGGUUCUUCAGUGGCUUCAGGAGGCCAAGAUGAUCGAAGGCUUUAGGGUGCAGGAGAACCAAACAAAGGCUGAAGUGAACACGCUAGGAUUAUUAGGCUUCUAUAACACAGACCUUUCGCUCUGCACACCACCUACUUCCAUUGACCCUUCCUUACUAACUAGCGAUCACGCAUUGUCGAGCCCCGAGAACCUUCGCCCCCACGUCGUAGACGAGCUGGAUCAGAUAUGGGAACAAAUCAUAGCGCUACCGGAAGACCUGAAUACCGCCGAAUUCGCUACCCCGGAGCACGUAGCGACACCCAUGGAUGCGGGGACGUCUCGCAUAUUCGAUGCUUUAACUUAUCCGACACCCCUUCCCUCUGUCAAUUCGCCUCAAGUGGGUCGGUCGGUAGCCCCGACAAGCCCUGCUGACAGAAUAACGCAGUACCGGUCCGUUGCUGCCCCAUUUUCGAUUGGUAGCCCUUGUUCGUCCCUAGUAAUAACACCCACGGGGCCUGCUACGCCUCCUGGGUCUGAUACUGAGACUUCAUGUUAUCCGACCCCAUCUACAUCUUAUUCUCAACCUCCUCUAGCGGUAGAGUCACUCACGCCUCUGAGUCCUGAUAUUCCGAGACGGAGAAAAUCCCGAUGCUUAGAGUUGUGUAUAUUUGGGAAAGACGGCACAGAGCUCCUCGAACAGAGUAAAAUUACGCAAAUCCUCGAAGCGGAAGCUGGACUUCUCGCACAGGACCCUCUCAGACCGCUGCAGCCCUUUCUAGGACUCGGCGAAGCAGAUACAUGUUCCUCAUUAAGCGCACUCGGACUUCCUGUUAUGUGGAUGGGCCAAGAAGGGGCUGUUAAUUACUAUAAACUACUUGAAGCCGUGAAGGACAAAAAAAUUGUUCUUCACCCCUUCGCGAAGCACAUAGCGCAAACUUUAUUUUAUCUCAACUACAAGUGGUUGGAGAAACACAUGAAUCAGGGUAGGGUCUCUGUUGCUACGUUAAUUCUUAACACCUGCUCUGAGGAACCAUCAAAGUCUCGUCGUGACAAUAUCACCACCUAUCAUGUGCGGCGAGGAAGAAUUUGUUGGACGCUUGCAGCGUGCUUGGGCGCCGGUAUCUUGUUGCAUGGUGGUGAUGCCAUACACAUUAUUAUCAAGGAUACUUUCAGUGUCAGCCAACUAAAUGUUUUUAUAUCCUUUGUCUUGCGCACCGGCCGGGUAGCGUUCGCCUUUUUCAUUUGCUGGAACCUGUGGUAA